AUGGAUGUCUUUCACGCCUACACCUACUCGACGGCCGCAUGGCUGGCGCUUCAGAGCUUACCUUUGAUUGCUGGACCGAGUAUUAUAGUGACCAUGCUGCUCGACGAGACUCGGCCUGUUUCCCCCAUGGAAAUAUACUUCGCUCGAUGCCUCGGGUUUAGUUUCCUCACUAUCGCCGUUUUGACCAUGAUGCUGACCGGCUCCAUCCCUCUGACGUCUGACAUCAAGGAGUCUGUGACAACAGACGAGGACGAUCCCAAGGCGCCAUACGCUAUACCGACUCUAAUGGUAACCUCUAUCUUCCAUACUGCAUGUGCUUUCUAUGCGUACACCUGGUAUGUUACCGGCGGACAGGGUCUCUUUGCUAUCGGUGUUGCUGGAUACUCUAGUAUUGCGGCCGUUGGGUUAUGGUGCAUGCUCUUUGCUAGCAGCAAUGGCAAGAUCAGUCGCCGUACAGGUGCAGACAAGAGGACGACGGGGUUCCCUUUCAAGAAUUCGGAAGCAGCGAAGAAACAUCGCAAGGGUUUCUUCCCUCAUCCCCACAAUGCCGCUUCAACCGUCCCUUCUUCCCCCCAAAAGCAGCACGCCUCUCCACAACUUUAUAUUAUUAACAACAUGGACUCUGAGCUACGACUUUCGUCGCCCCGCCUGGGACCUUCUAUGCCGAUAAACGACCAGUCCAACCUACAGUUGGGCCAAUUUGACCCAGAAUCACAACCCUUCGGGCCAUUUCGUCCCCCGACCGAAGCUGAAUCACAGCUCCAGAACGCGUUCAUUCGUCCUCCAAGAUCAGGCGAGCCAGCGAACAAUUUCAUGGCGUCUCCAUCCACACAACAACACCAGUCGCACCAAGGUCACCCUACCAAUGGAGUAGCCUCGCACUUACAACCACAAGUGCAGUCCUCCAGUGGGUUGCAUCAAUCGCAGGACUACAACAAUGGUGUUGCUCAUGCAACGAAUAUGAGCGGGGCAUUGCAUGGUACUGCUACUGGACAAAUGGCACCUCCAACGUCGCUAUCCCAAAACGAGCUAGCGAUGGGAAACAGCGCGCAUCAAGCUCAGAAUAACAGCUUAACAACGCUGCAGUCCCCGAGUCAAGUGUUUCAGUCAGAUUUUAUCGAGCUAGAUUCUGGCUCCGCGGAUCCGGCAUCUUUCACGGGGCCUGGAGAGCUGCAAGGCUUCAAAUUGAUCCCAAACCCCCCGCAUUUGGAUUACUGGAGAGAUAGGUUGUUCAAUGUUGAUGAAAUGAUCACACUGAGCGAGGAGGAAUUCCAAACCUACUUCCCCCACGUUGACAACGUAUACUCUCAUCGCUCAACCCAGCGAUACAAGCGUAAACCAUUCGUCUCCCAUUACUGGGACUGUCGACUCAAAGGACGACCCCCCGGGACCCCCAAGUCCGAUGACCCAGAAAAAAAGAAGCGCAAGCGUACGGCCAGAGAACGUGAUCUCUGCCAUGUCAAAAUCAAAGUCGUGGAAUACUUCCCAGUGUCCGAAAUAUCAAAUACAACCCAUCCAGUCGAACCUAUGCCAUCUAACGUUCUACCUGGCAUGUAUACUUUCUCUUUGAAUGAUGACCCUGCAAUCCGAAAUGUCCAAACAUUCGGUAUGCUCACGCCAAAUCCCGGUCUACCACCAAAUCAUCCGGGUUCGAAUGGUGGGAGAUAUUUCACUCUACAGCGGGUGAAUGGUAAUGGUGCCAAUGGGAAGAACGACGGAGUGAGUGGCGGUCAUCAACAUACACUUGAAGAGAGCGAUCGUGUGAAGAAGAGUAGUGUGCAACGAUAUGUUCUGAAGGAAAAGAAAGACAAAAGGACGAGAUCGGACCGAGUCAUGUCUCGAACAGGCCAAAAAUCAUACCAUACAAAAGCGACGGGCUUGGCCGCUGAAACUGCGAUCAAACACUCUGCCGAUGUCAAUCUCAAGCUAUAUGGAAGCUGCUUUUGCCCCUUCGUGCAACGGGUAUGGAUUGCAUUGGAACUGAAAGGGAUCCCGUACCAAUACAUCGAAGUCGAUCCGUACGAGAAGCCCCAGUCACUAUUAGAGGUGAAUCCAAGAGGACUUGUUCCUGCUUUGCGGCACGACGACUGGGGAUGCUAUGAAAGCAACGUGUUGUUGGAAUAUCUGGAGGAUCUGGGCGUAGGAGCUGCAAUGCUUCCAGGAGACCCAAAGCUGCGCGCUCAUUGCCGGUUGUGGGCGGAUCAUGUCAAUCGGCAUGUUGUGCCGAGUUUCUACCGGAUACUGCAAGAACAGGACCAACAGAAACAGAUCGAGAAGACACAGGAGCUGCGAGAUGCGAUGGAGAAGCUGCUCGAAGUGGCACACCCCAAGGGGCCCUUCUUCAUGGGCCCACAGAUGUCUCUUGUGGACGUUCAAGCUGCCCCGUGGGUUAUUCGACUACGGCGGGUCUUGAAACCAUACCGAGGAUGGCCAGAUGCUGAGGAGGGAAGCAGGCUGGCUAUUUGGGUGAAUGCAAUCGAGAACAACCAGCAUGUGCAGGCGACAACUAGCACGGAUGAGCUGUACCACGACAGCUAUGAGCGAUAUGCCCAGAACCGUCCAAACACAUCCCAGGUCGCAAAUGCAAUUAACGCAGGACGAGGCCUCCCUUAA